UGGCUUGUCGGCCGUUGAUGACGUAGCCAGUGGGACUUUCCGCAUACGUCAUUGGGUGCUUCCGACUUCUUAGCUAACCAGACUGUGGUGUUCUUUAUAUCACACGCUAUAAACAUCGCUCCGCCGCUCCGUAGUGCCGACUAAAAGAAGCCAUGUAGACACCAAAGGGUCCUAGCAUCGCCGACGACUUGGAAUAUUGAGACGUGCUCGUCCGAGGCGACGCCAGCACCGAGAGACGCUAAUGUCAACAACGCGGCCCCUGCUCGGCAUGAAGCGAGUCACCGAGCUCGCCUGCGCGGAGCCGCCCGACAACAGGCUCUCCUCGUCGGCCGCCCGGCAGCAACGCGAGGCCAAGGCCGUGGACGAGUUCACGGUCCCGGAGGAUAAAGAGGACGAGCUGAAGUUCGCCCGUCCUCGCGUGGAGCGUGUUUUCAAAGUGGCGUUCACGAUCAUCGGGCUGCUGGACCACACGGGACAAGCGCACGGGAGCACGGCUGCGCGGCAGAUAUGGCUGAAGCUCGGAGGAAAUACCGACGACGUUUCCAAAGCAAAGGAGUACGUCCGGGGACUGUGUGACCCAGAACUGAAGAAAGAAGAGCGGUACCCAGUGGACAUGCACUGUAUCUUUGCUGGAGCCCGGGGCCUUUUUUUAGACAGACUCAUGCGGGACACAAGUGCAGAGGUUUUGGUCACUGAGCCUGGACGCCUGCGGUUGUUGGGCCGCGCUGAGUCUGUAGUCAUGGCGCAGAGCAGAGUUCAGCAGUUUGUUGCACUUUUCCAGGAGAAACGAAGUCUACUCAGUGACCGAGAGCAAGGGGUGAAACGGGCGUUCAAGUCCUUUGUUGAAGAAAGAGAUGAUAAGUACACCAUGGAGCUUCUUCUGCUGCCCAGUGCCCUGAAAGAAGAGUUAUUAGGAUUGGCUCACAGUCCUACCAGUUUAAAUACACACUCUCUGGCUCAUCUGAACCAGAACCUUCAUCCGAGUAUUGCGGAGAUCGACCAGGACCGCUCACAGAGUAGCACCCCCGUGACGGAGCUCUCCAUCCGCAUCCUCGACACCAGCUUCGAGGACAGAGGAACAAAGACUUUUGGAGAGGGUGCGGCAAAAGCGGUAUUAGCAACAGCCGCGACAACAGGAGGCGGCAUUGGUUUGGGUCCUGAAGCCGUCCUGCUGAAUGGCACCAGGCCUUCGCACAAGCGGCGCUUUUCUGAGAGCGAACCUCGGGACACAAAGAGACAGUACUCUCUGGAGCGAAGAGACGAGUCUCCUGAGCGGUCGAGGGACAGAGAGCGACACCGGGACAGAGAAUACCACAGUGGCAGUAGUAGCGGUCGAUCCAAAACACCGUCUGCUUCAUCGACACUGUACUCCUCUUCUUCAGCUAAAGCAAACACUGUCGCUGGCACCGUAAUGCUGGACCCGAGUGAGGGUAUCGCAGAUGACAAUGAGGCAGUCAGCCCGGAAACCAACCUGCGGUGCUUGGUCAAUUUCUUCAGAUCCAUGGGUUACCAGGAGGAAGUUGUGGAGCGUGUCAUCAGAAAGACGGGACAGCUGGAAGACACCUUCCUCAUUCUUGAGAAAAUCGUGGCAGAAACAAAGAUUUGUGAGGAAAGAAUGAAAAGGGGAACAAAAGACACUAAACUGAACAAUGGGCGCCCCUCUGACCUUCCCUCAGCCUCCUCCACGUUACCGUCCUCCUCUGUAGAGAAGGAACGGGAGCCAGGCAGGUCCAAAGAGAACAUUAAACCCAGCCAGCAUGGAGCCAGCAGUAACGGCUUGGGCCAUCGGAGGCAGUGCAGUGGAAGCGAGACCAGCACUCAACAGGCCAUCACCAUCAAGAGGAGCUCUAGUGCCCAAGGAGGAGCUGGCAACUAUGAGGUCAUUACCAUUGAUGAUGACGAUGACGUCGCCGUCACCAGUAUCAAAACAGCAGACAGUCGAACAUCCAAAGUGACAAUGGCACAUGCUGACACUCAGACUGGAUCCAGAACGGACUACUUAGCAAGGGGAGGUGGCAGCAUGUCGCAGAGGGAUCCCCUGUCAAGAAGCGGGACUCGGACUUUGGGCGGAUCGAUGAAAGUUGAGAGCGUAACAGCACUGCGCAGCUCGUCCCAGUGGCUGGCGGCCAGCACCACCUCUGUGGCAUCCACCCCAAAUUCAUCUCUCACCGCGGGCCGGCCUUCGCUGUAUCAGACGAUCGGUCACGUGGGCUUCCAAAACAGCGGAGCGAGGAACCCCUCUACAAACAAUUCCCAGGCCCCCCCGGUGACCGGCUUGGCUCGUUUCCACCAAUCAUUAAAAACUCUUUACACACUGAAACUACCCAAUGAGCCGGGACGACCGGAGCUCCGUCAUAUCAUCAUAGACGGCAGCAAUGUGGCUAUGGCUCACGGCCUGAAUCGGUUCUUCUCCUGUCGAGGGAUAGCGCUUGCAGUGGAAACAUUUUGGAGGCGGGGCCACAGGGAGAUCACUGUAUUUGUUCCUCAGUGGCGCCAGAAGAGAGACCAAUACACAACAGAACAACAUUUUUUAAAUCAACUAGAAGACCUGAGGCUCCUCUCCUUCACACCCUCAAGAGAGGUCUGUGGCCAAAGGAUAGCUUCACAUGACGACAGAUUCCUGCUCCAUUUAGCAGAAAAAACAGAGGGGAUCAUCGUAACAAAUGACAACCUGAGAGACUUUGUCAAAUCUUCUGACACCUGGCGCAGGAUCAUUGUGGAGAGGUUACUGCAGUUUACUUUUGUGGAGGACCAUUUCAUGAUCCCCGACGAUCCUCUGGGGAGAAACGGACCUCAUCUGGACUUCUUCCUUUGUAAAAACCGACAAUUCCCCUUCACCCAUCCCCCGCUGAGACCGCCAGACCUGCGUCCGUCCUCCCAGCAGCAGCAGCCGCCACUCUACGUCCAGGCCCUCCACUCCGCCCCGUGGACCCCGACAGUCGCGCCCCAGCCACCAUCUUCCCUGAUGCCCCACCCGGGGCGCCGUAACGCCUCCUCCUCCUCCUCCUCGCCCUCCCCCUCGCCGCCUCCGCAGCGCUCAGCGGGCGAGACGUCGGAGCUGAGAAGACAACUGUGCGACAUCUUCCCCGACCAGCAGCAACAAAUUGACCGCAUCCUCAGCGAGAACCCGUACAUGAGAGACUUGAACGCCCUGUCGGGGCUGCUGCUGGGAUGAUUAAAAUCCUGGAGAGUCUUACAUUUCAUGUUGUACAGAUGUAAUUAAUUCACCAGUAAUGAGGAAGUCAGUUCUGUUUGGGUCAACACUUCCAAAAGAUAUUUUUUAAAGCAGUUUUUUUUUGGCUCCCUUUCAGUUUGUCCAAGCUAAACCAAUGAUGGAUGUAGUGUAAAAAGAAAAAACCACACCCGUGCUACCUAACUCGUGUCAAACAAAGACAACACAAAUUGUUUAGUCACGUGUAGAAUAUUCAAGUUUUUGUGGUUGAAGAAAGUGUACAGUCAAGGCAGAAAAAUACCAUAUUUGCGUCUUAUAAAAAAAAAAAACGUGCAGGGAAAUUGUGGAAUCGCUUUUUUUGUAUACCUGUUGCUGAAUUUAAAGCAACAUUGCACAUUUGUAUCCC